AUGCCUCGGCUCAUGCAUAAUACGACCUCUUUGCCGAGGAACCUGCGCGUUGAGCUGGACAUCAAGGACCACUACGGCGAGAAGCAGAAGAAGAGGAAUCAGCGAAACGGACCGGCGUCGCGAAAAGAUCGACGACGGGAAGAGCGCAACAGCAAGAAGACGAAACCGCAACAACGGUCGGGCGGAUAUCAAGGAGGGCAACGACAGGGUUAUCAUCAGCGAGGUGGUAACGACGAUGACGGAAUGGACUCCGAUAUGGGUGGAUCGGAUGACGAGGGAGAUGUCAUGGCAAAAUUAAAGGCCGCCAAACAGAAGAAGACUGCGACGUCCAAACCGAGUGCAGAGGAGGAUGCGAUGGCCAAGUUGAAGGCUGCCAAACAAAAACAGAAGGAAACACAAUCCAAACCGAGCGACACCAAAUCGAAGAAGUCCAAGAAGAAGGAUGUUGACAGCGACGAAGACAUGGAUGACGUAUCGUCGGCACCGAAGGUUUCUAGGGCGGUUCAGGAAAAGCUGGACCAGGACGAUGCAGAGAUUGCCGCAUUAGAAAAGAGGCUUGGACUCAAGAAGGGAAAGAAACUUCCGAAAUCCUUUGCAGACGAUGGUCUGGAUGAGUUGCUCGGCGACUUGGAUGACGGGUCAGCGGAUGAAGGUCGCAAGCGCAAAAGAGAAGCCGACGAUUGGUUGCAGAGCAAACGAAGAAAGGCCCAAGGGUUGCAACCCGACAGCGAAUCUGGAGAGGACGACAGUGACAUGGGAAGCGAUCUGGGAUUGGACGACUUGGACGACUUGGAGGAGGGUGACUCGGACGAUUUGGAUGACAUGGAUGAAGACGAAGAUGACGAUGAGGAGGAGGGGGAUGAGGAUGAUGAUGAUGCUUUCGGCGAGUUUGAUGAAGAUGACGAGGACGAGGACGAGCACGACGAAGAGGCCGACGAAGAGGCCGACGAAGAGGAAGACAAGCCUGCCCCCAAGAAACGCGAGAAUCCCUACGUUGCGCCUGUAGCUCCAGAGCCGACAGAAAACAAACCGCAAAAAUACAUCCCACCGUCUUUGCGCGCCGCCUCGAAUUCAGAGUCCGAAACCCUUAUUCGCCUACGGAGACAAGCUCAAGGACACCUCAACAAGCUGUCCGAAGCGAACAUGGUGUCGAUUCUUUCGGAAUUUGAGAAGCUCUAUCGGGAUUAUCCUCGAGGAGAAGUGACGUCCACCUUGAUCAAUUUGCUAUUCGGUUUAAUAUGCGAGAGGUCUGCGUUGCAGGACACGUUCGUCAUUCUUCAUGCGGGUUUCAUCGCAGCUGUGUAUAAGGUGGUCGGCAUCGACUUUGGUGCGCAACUUGUGCAGAAGAUCGUGGAGAUGUUCGAUGCUGGAGGCGACGAGAAGGGUAAGUUUGGAGGCAAGGAAGCCAUCAACUUGAUCUCUCUCCUGUCGCAGCUGUACAACUUCCACGUCAUCGGAAGCACCCUCAUCUUCGACUAUAUCCGACUCUUCCUGCAGGAGAUCACAGAAGACAACACCGAAUUGCUGCUCAAGAUUAUCCGAAACUCCGGACCCCAAUUGCGACAAGAUGAUCCCUCUUCCCUGAAAGACAUUGUCCUCCUGAUUCAACCCGCCAUCGCCAAAGCCGGCGAAUCCGCCCUCACAGUCCGAACGAAGUUCAUGAUCGAUACGAUCACCGACCUCAAGAACAACCGCAUGAAGUCCGGUGUCGGCGUCGGCUCAACGACAGUGACCUCCGAGCAUAUCACCAAGAUGCGCAAGAUCCUCGGCGGGCUGAACAACUCGCGCGCCAUCCGCGCCACAGAGCCCAUUAGCAUUGGGCGCAACGACAUCCACAACGCCUCGAAGAAAGGUAAAUGGUGGCUCGUCGGUGCCAGCUGGAAGGAAGAUCCGCUCGAAUCCGCGCGCAACGAACUCUCCACAACCAACCAGCACGGCCUGCCCGCAGACGCCGACGAGUCUGACAGCGAAGGCGAACCCGACUACGCCUCCCUCGCCAAAGCCCACCGUAUGAACACCGACGUCCGCCGAUCCAUCUUCGUCGCCAUUAUGUCCGCGCCCGAUUAUCAAGAUGCACACGUCCGGCUGCUCAAACUCCGCCUUAAACGCGCUCAGGAAUUCGAGAUCCCUCGGGUCCUCACCCACUGCGCCAUGGAGGAAGAGGCUUACAACCCAUACUACACGCUCAUCGCGCGCCGACUCUGCGGAGAAAUGGGCCGACGUAUUAAAAUUUCCUUCAUGUACACCCUGUGGAACAUCUUCAAGCGCAUGGGCGAGACCGGCGCCGAUGAGGAUGACGACGACGACUUCCACGCAGACGACGAACAGUCGAAUCUGCCCAUGAAAUCGGUCGUCAAUCUAGCCAAGUUCUACGGUACCUUGAUCGCCGACGGCACGUUGAACCUGGGAGUUCUGAAAACGCUGAACUUCGCGUACCUGCAAUCCAAGACUAGCACGUUUGUUGAACUACUCCUCAUCACGACGAUUCAGCAAUCGCAGAAGAGCAAGCGCGGUAAGAAGGAGAAGAAGAAGGACGAAGACGUGCGGGAUGAGCAGGCGCUGAUGGAGAUCUUCGUGCGAACGCGGGACACGCCGCAGGUCGUCAAGGGACUGAUGUAUUUCAUCAGGAAGGUGGUCUCUAAGUCAGAUAUUGUGUCGGAGAAGGAGCAGAAGGUGGUGCGAUGGGGGUGCAAGGUGGCAGUUGAUGCGUUGAAGGUGGUUGCAAAGGAGACGGAUUGA